AUGAACGGAACCCCCCCUCGGAGGAAGGGGCUGCCUCCUCGACCAAGUGCGGAUCUUGGAUAUGGCGGAAGGGGUCGGCAGGAUUCAUACGAGGUUCCGGAUGGCAGGGACGACCAGCUUCCCGCGAAGAAUUACAGCUCAAGUAGGAUGAACCCUCAAGCACAGGACCCCCCUGCAAGAGUCGUGUUGGGGGGAUACAAGGCAGAUAUCAUGAAUGGCUUUGAAGGGGAGACGCCUAGGUAUAAUCCGAUGAACGCCGCACGGCCACAAAGCUCGAUGCUAUUGGAUCUCAACGAUUCUAUCCAGGUACAUAUGUUGGUCGAGACCGCCCUGGGGGAUAGUAAAGAACUCGAGAUCCUCUCUGAGGGAGAAGUCGACGACCUGAAGAAACAAUGCAAGACGCUGUCUCAACGCAUUGAGCAAACACGUCAAAACCUCAUGAUACAAUCCAAAUAUCGGGAUGCCACAAAAUCUAUGUCGAGGCUAUAUGCUUCAGAAAGCAAACCGAGUCCUAGCGACACCAGCGAACACGAGCAAGCGAACCAGGAGCGGCUCGCCAGCGAGAAGAAAUGUGAGGAUUUGGCUUCUGAGUUGUGGAUGUUGGAGAAGAGGCUUAUGGAGCCGCAGAUGAGGUUGCUCAAGCAUACAGCCGGCAUUCUGCAAAUGACACACAAAGGCCCCAAGAUGAUGUCCAAGGGGGCUCCUGGCCGGCCUUCGGUCGGUCCUUCAGGGAUUCCAGGAAGCCCAGAAAGCAUGUACACCUACUCGAAUGCGAGGAAUAGCUUUGAGCCGCUCCCUGGCGAUGACCUAAUUUUCGAUGAAAGAAGUCUGUACAGGUCAUUCAAUCAGCUCGAUGAGCUUGGAGAAUCUGGCGGAGAAAGCAGUUUCCCGGCUUCCAAAGAGCAGAUGGAUAUGAUCACGAAGACAGAGCAGAGAUUGGAAGAUCUCAACUCUCGGUUGAGAGAGGUUAUCAUCCAGAACAAUCCUCAGCAAGAAGAGAAAUACGGACUGCCUCCACUCAAUAGGUCCAAUGGAGAUAGCGCUCGGGAACCGGGUAGAGCCCUCCAGAGUUCUCUGGAUUAUUUGGAGCAGGGGAUUGACGCGAUUGGUAGGGAGCAUGGCGAAGUUCUCGACAGAUUUGACAUGUCCCAGGGGCAAAUGGAGGAGACUCUGGAGGAGUUGAAUAGAGAACUGCAUGGCCUGUUGCAACCCUACGAUGAGAUCCGCCCUGAGCCGCCACAGCUUACCGGCCGAGGCCUAAAUGACCAGUUAUCGUAUCUUCAAAAUAACGUUACUGCCGUGCAAGCGGAACUCGCUCGUUCAAUGAACUUGUCUAGCAAGAGCAAUGGCAAUCAGGACCAGAUGGAGACGGUCAUGAUAGGCCUUUGGGAAAUCAUCUUAUCCGGCGAGGAAGAAGCUCGACAGAGGAAACUAGAACGCAAACAAAACCGUUCCAUGAACAAUCUGCCCGAUGAUGAUGACGACAUGUCCUCUGACGAGGGUGACGAUCCUCCUGGACCAUUCUCUCUCCAAUCAUUCUCCGCGAAGGUGCAAUGGCUCUAUUCUCAGGCUACUAAGUUAAAGGAUCAGAAGAAAGUCUUGCAACGGCAAAUCAAGCAACAACGAGAAUUGAAUAACAAAUCAGAUGCUACAAAAGAUGCUGAGAUCACCCAGAAAUCUGAAGAGCUGACGAGAACACAAGAGUUGCUUAAUAGGACCGAAAGGGACGCCGAUACUGUGCGUGAGCAACUCGGCCUUGUAAUGCAGAAAUUGGACGAGGUCAGGGAGGAAAAACAGUUACGUGACCAAGCUCGCUCGAAGGAUGAAUCAGCGGCAGUUCGCGCAGCUCAGGAAGAGCUGAAUAAUGCGAAUAGCUCACUAGCUGCCCUCGAAGAGGAACUUCAAGACCUCAAAGAUGAUUACCAAAUUAGCAACGCGGAGAUGCAAACCCGGCUUAGCGAUUCGGAGACCAAAAUCACGCACUUGACCCAAGAGUUGGCUGUGGCAGCUUCCGCCCAAGCAGCAUUUGAAACAAGUGUCAAAGAGAAGGAGAAAGAGAUUGAAGCCAAAGAGCUGGAAAUGGAGAACAUGAACAUGGAGUUGGCCCGCUUACAAACCGAAGUCACAAUUGCGAGAGCAGAACUUGACGGAGCAUACGGCAGUAGAGCUCAGAGGGCCGCGGAAGUGGCUGCUAACCCUGCCAUCCAGAAAGAGAUUGAUGAUCUCACAAGGAAGAACGCUUCGCUUGCAGAGGAGAUAACUGCGCUAAAAACCAAGGGCACAGUAAGCACCGAAGCUGAGGAUAAGAUGCGGACUCUGAAGAAGGAGCUCGAGGAGACGAUCGAAGAGUACGAGCAGAUGACCAAAGCGAGUAUCGAGUGGGAGAAAGAUCGUGAACAGCUCGAAGGUGUCAUCGAUAAACUGCGGGAUGAAAGAGAGCAGAUGGAGGCGCAACUCAGCGAUGAGAAGGUCCGAUGGUUGGGAAUGAAGAGUCCAGGAGUGGAUGGUGCUGUACCCGGCCCUGGUAGUACUAGUACGACAGUGCUAAAGAACGAGUUCAAGAAGAUGAUGAGGGAUACCAGAGCGGAGAAUGCUAAGUCACUAAGGGCUGAGCAAGCAGAAAGGCGCAAACUAGAAGACGAGCUUCGAGCCUUGAAACGAGCACAAGGGCCUGGAAAAUCAAGUCUUAGCCAGAGCAUUGGUUCAUCUUAA